AGAGAGAAAGAUGAAUUGUGACCAAAGGAUGAGUGAUAAAUCUCAUGUAGUGUGCAUCCCAUUUCCUGUUCAAAGUCGUAUAAACGCAAUGUUAAGCGUUGCCAAACUUCUUCACCAGAAAGGCUUUUACAUAACUUUCGUGAAUACGGAGUACACUCACAAACGCAUAAUCAAAUCUAGAGGCCCCAACUCUCUCGACGGCACACACAACUUUCAGUUCAAAACCAUUCCAGACGGUAUGCCCCCGCCUUCCAACAUUGAUGCACCACAAGACUUGCCUUCACUUUGCAUCUCAGUUUGUGAAAACUUUCUCGCUCCAUUUUGCAACCUUCUUUCUCAACUCAAUGAUGCUUCAUCUCAUAGCAUCGUCCCACCGAUUAGCAAUAUUAUUGGAGAUGGUUGUAUGUCGUUUUCUGUUCAAGCUGCCUUGCAAUUUAACCUCCCAAUUACACAGUUUUGGCMUGUUAGCGCUUGUAGCUUGAUUGGUUUUAUGCACUAUCGCGAGCUUGUAGAGCGAGGGGUGACUCCAUUUAAAGAUGAAAGCUAUCUAACCAAUGGCUGCCUCGAAACCAUUAUGGACUGGAUUCCGGGGAUGAAAAAUAUACGACUUAAGGAUCUACCAAGUUUCAUUAGAACAACCGAUCCAGAUGACAUAUUUCUCAACUUUUUCAUUCAACAAACGAAGUGGACUCCAAAAGCUUCUGCUAUUAUUUUGAACACUUAUGAUGCACUAGAUCAAGAAGUUUUGGAUGCUCUUUCAUGCUUUCUUCCUCCAAUUUACACGAUUGGUCCACUCCACUUAUUUGCAAGGCAAAUCAACGGUGGAGGCCUAGAGGAAAUAGCAACAAAUCUUUGGGAAGAGAAUGGUGAGUGUAUUAAUUGGCUUGAUUCCAAGGAAUCCAACUCUGUGAUUUACAUAAAUUUUGGGAGCCUUACGGUGAUGACACUCCACCACCUCACAGAGUUUGCUUGGGGACUUGCAAACAGCAAGAAACCAUUUUUGUGGAUCAUAAGGCCUGAUCUUGUCAAUGAUGGUUCAAUCAUUUUACCUCAUGAUUUUCUUGAAGAAACAAAAAAAAGAGGGAUGAUUGCUAGUUGGUGCUCACAGGAGGAAGUCUUGAAGCACCCUUCAAUAAAAGGGUUUUUGACACACAAUGGAUGGAAUUCGACUAUGGAAAGCAUAAGUGGUGGAGUGCCUAUGAUAUCGUGGCCAUUCUUUGGCGAUCAACAAACAACAUGUCGAUAUUGUUGUGUGGAGUGGGGCAUUGCAUUGGAAAUAGACAAUGACGUGAAGAGAGAUAAAGUGGAGAGUUGUAUCAAAGAGCUAAUGGAAGGAAAGAAGGGUGAAGAGAUGAAGAAAAAUGUCAUGGAGUUGAAAAGAAAAGCAGAGGAAUCCUACCUACCUGGAGGCUCUUCUUACCUAAACUUUGAUAAACUAGUAGUUGAAAUUUUACUAUCUUAAUUUUAGCACCACACAAAGUUGCUUGUGGUGGCCCCUCUUGUAAUGGUUUUAUUUUCAUAACUUAUAUUUGAAGUUGCUAUCCAACAUUUAUGGGCCGUUUGGCCCACAGAUUCGAUAUCUAUAGUUUGGAUUUGUUAAACUUGGGGUUGAUUUUAGGGUGCUGUGUAACUUGAGUUUGGGUAGCUUUUGAAGUAUAGAGUUGUGUUGGUUAACCUGUGUUUCGGGUGCAGGGUUUAGUAGCUU